AUGAAAUUGUACGGCAAUCUGAUCAGUCAGCCGUGUCGCGCGGUCGAGUGGGGCUUGCGCCUCAAGCAGGUCGACCACGAGGUCGUGGACUUGGACUUUGGCAGCCCGACGUUCAAGUCGGCCGAGUACCUUGCCAUGAACCCGAACGGUCUCAUGCCCGUGCUGGAAGACGGCGAGUUCUCCAUGUUUGAAGGCAACGCCAUCCUCGUGUACUUGGCGGAGAAGCUCAGCUGGACGGACUUGUACCCGACGGACCUACACGCCCGCGCCAAGGUAAACCAGUACUUGCACUGGCACCACUCGAACACGCGUCAGAUCUCGUCCAAGGUCCUGGUGCCUGUCAUGCACACGAAGAUGAACAUCGCGACGCCUGAAGAGGCUGUGCUGGUCAAGAACUCGACGGCGGUGUUGACAAAGCUGGCGGACCUGAUGGAGAAGCUCCUGGUCGCGGACUUUGUGGCCGGGACGGACCACCCCACGAUCGCCGACAUUGCUGCGUACUGCGAGUUUGUCCAGAUCGAGCUCAUGGGCAUCUUUGACUUUGCCAAGUACCCCAAGCUGUCGGCCUGGCUCGGCCGGAUGAAGCAGGUGCCGCACCACGACGCGAUGCAGGCGGAUGUCGACGCGUUCCUCUCGAAGAUGGGCAUGAAGACGAAAGCGAACGCGUAA